AUGGCUACCACCAGGCUAUCGCCAACAGCAAAUUUGCUACGGCGGUCUCGUCUAUUUGCCCUUCCGCAGGCAUUGACGCCACCUCAAGAACCUCCAACCUCGAGGCCUACCCACGAGUCCGACACGGCGACUCUGCCUCAUCCUAUCCGAGCGUCCAUUGUCACUCCGGCUUCAUCUUUGGCAAGAGGAGACUGGGGUCUGAAGCGACCGCUUCCUGCGAAAUCGACGUCCAAUAAGUCUUCCCGACCGGUGGUCCGAGUGAAUGCUCUCGAUACAUUCGAGCAUGUUACCGACUUCGAAUCCGCCGCGGAUCAUACGGUAACCUUGGAAAAAUUUCAGGAACUUCACAUGCCUAUGUCACUCCCCUCAAAAGUCAAUUACGCAACUAGCAUUGUUCCCCGACAUCAGAGCCCCUUCGAAUCCCAUGUCGACAACACAGAUACGAGCAAGGGCCUGCAAGAGCCCGGAGCCAAACAGUUCAGGCAUUCUGGUCCUUGGCUUGCGGGACAGACUGAAGCACAGUUUGAUGCCUACGUGAAGAAAGUGCGUAACAACAAACCGGAGCUACUGCAGAAGCUUCGUCAGCGCUUUGUUGAGAAGCGGAACGCCGAGCGAAAGAAGCAAGCUCAGGACAACGGGGAGGAUUUAGCGUCACUUCAGCCAGUGCAGGUCAGCGAAGAGGAGUUCCAGGAGUAUCUAAAAUCCCUGCGUGCGGACCCAUUCUCCCUCGGCCCUGUGGUUUUCGAGUUAUUGGAUCUCCCAUCUCCCCCCGCUGUGCCGAGUGACCGAAUCGGCCACAAGUACUACCAGUCUCCUGGCACCAAGUUAUCCUCGGCCGAAUACGCUGUGUCCGGGCCCCCCAAGACGCACCCUUCUGCCGGACUGUCGUAUACACGCUCGCAUGCUUUGGUCUACAAUCACCCUAUCCAUGGGCCUCAGGCUUACCAGCGUCCCGUUGAGGCGCGUAUCUUGCGGCCGAAGGGUAAAUUCAAGAACAGGACUGCCAAGGCCAUUGCGGGUGUUGGAGGUAUUGCCGUGGAAGACCUGAACGCCAUGACCUUUGUUGAGCAGGGUUCGCCCCCUGGUCUGGCUAAUUUCGACGCCUCUAUCCCUGGCGGUGCUAAAUACUGGGUCACCCCUAUCCGCGCUUCGGUUGACUCGGAGGGUCGGAUCGGAUUGGCAUCUUACCGUGCCAGUGCCACUGCCAAAGCUCCCUAUCGCAUUGAAGACUAUAAGAAGCCCGGCUCAACGAGCAUUUCCGACGUCGCCCGUGGCGGCCAACGUGCUGUCCCAAGGCUGGAUAGGGCUCGUCCUCGAGCACCCCGAACACGGGAUUCAUCGCACGGAUCCACUGAAGAUAUUGCAAGGAAUCUCAUGAAAACCCUCAGCUCUUCGUGA